GAUUCAGUCAAGCACGCGGCCAUUCACAGUUUAAGGUCCCUCCGGUGACUCUGAAUGACUCGCCGGUGCACGUCUCCCUCGCCUUGUAGACACAUUUAGAGGUUUUGGUCGAAGCGAUUGGAUUUUACCAGCGAGUGAAAGUCCAGCUCGAGUGUGUGAAACGAUGCUGAUGAAGUUGGAAAGUAAUGAGCGAGGAUGCUGAAGCUGCCGGGAAGCCCGCUUUGUUCGGAGGAGCGCAAGGCUUUUGUGCCGCUGUCAUCCCGCAGCUCAUCCCCUGCUGCUUUGUCUUCACUUGGCCCUCUGAUACCGACCGCAGUGACCGACAGUGUGGCUUGUCAGUAUUGGACUGCAACCAUCACACGCAGCAGGUCAGCACCAUGAGUCUGUACGGGGCCGGGGCCAGCAAUGGUGCUGUUGGAGGAGCAAGAGAGAGAGUAGGAGCAGAACAUUACCGGGAGCAACGGCGACGCUCCAGCGACCGCUCACGUGACUCCUCCCAUGAGAGAGGGGAGAGUCAGCUGACGCCCUGCAUCAGGAAUGUUACUUCUCCCACUCGGCAGCAUGAUCGUGAACGUGGCGACGGAGGCUCGUCCUCAAGAUCCUCCAGUCCACGACCUCCCAGGGUUUCUCUUCCGUAUUCCCAUUUUGGAGGGGCCAUGAUCGGGGGACACAUACCUCGAGCUCUUGUUCCUCCUGGAGCAGAGCACCACUCCAAGACAGUUGGCCAAGGACUGUGUGAUAUGAUCUAUGUGUAUGACCUCAGCAGUAAAGAGGGGCAUCGCAGUGGACUGAGAUUGGGAGAAAGAGUAACGCUCAUUGUGGACAAUACAAGAUUUGUGGUGGAUCCCGCCAUCUUCACAGCUCAACCGAACACCAUGCUGGGCAGGAUGUUUGGUUCUGGGCGGGACAACAACUUCACACGGCCCAAUGAAAAAGGAGAGUUUGAGGUGGCUGACGGGAUCAGCUCCACUGUGUUCCGAGCCAUUCUGGAUUACUACAAGUCGGGGAUUAUCCGUUGCCCUGAUGGCGUUUCCAUUCCCGAGCUGAGGGAGGCAUGUGACUACCUCUGCAUCUCCUUCAACUACAGCACCAUCAAGUGCAGAGACCUCAGCGCCCUGAUGCACGAGCUCUCUAACGACGGGGCCCGGCGUCAGUUUGAGUGUUACCUGGAGGAGAUGGUGCUGCCGCUGAUGGUGGCCAGUGCUCAGAGUGGAGAGAGGGAGUGUCACGUGGUGGUGCUGACUGAUGACGAUGUGGUGGACUGGGAUGAAGAGUACCCGCCACAGAUGGGAGAGGAAUACUCACAGAUCAUCUACAGCACCAAACUGUACCGCUUCUUCAAGUACAUCGAGAACAGAGACGUGGCCAAAUCAGUGCUGAAGGACAGAGGACUGAAGAAGAUCCGACUGGGAAUAGAAGGAUAUCCAACCUAUAAAGAGAAAGUGAAGCGGCGUCCUGGAGGUCGUCCAGAGGUCAUCUACAACUACGUCCAGCGUCCUUUCAUCCGCAUGUCCUGGGAGAAGGAGGAAGGGAAGAGCCGCCAUGUGGAUUUUCAGUGUGUCAAGUCCAAGUCCAUUACCAACCUGGCUGCGGCCGCCGCCGACAUUCCCCAGGACCAGCUGGUGGUCAUGCAGCCUACAGGGCCGCAGGUGGACGAGCUGGACACUCUGCCGCAGCCACCAGGCGUCAACGACCCCUACCAGCUGCCGCUCGGCCAGGGGCCAGAGAGCAACGCUGGCCCUCAGCUAUCGCAGGGCUACGAAGGCCUGAACCAGCAGGCUCAGGACAGUCCGAGUCAGGCGGCACACGGCCUGGCCCACGGCAACCAGCAGCAGCAGCAGGGCGGCAGCCACACUCAGGCCACGUACCACUACGAGCCGGACCCCGACACACCGUCACCCUCUGCCUGAGCCAGGCUGCACUGACUCCCUCCUCCACUGCUGUGUUCACACCUACAGCAACAAGGGCCUAAUUUAUCAUUACACCAAGCUCAAACACUAUCACACUGAAAAACUUCCUCUCUGAGCGUCCAUUGAUUGAACUCGCAGUCCCUCUACAAAGUAUAUGAAAAGGUGACAUGGGUAGUUAAGCUAAGCUAAGAAGCACAGAACCUGGUUGGCCUUCAACAGCCAAUAAGCACACAGUUUAACCUCCCAGCAGAAAGUUCAAGCACUUCUGGCCACUUGUUGCUUUCAGUGUGAACACAGACUCUGUUCAAAUACAGCCUGCUCCCACUCCUCUUCCUACUCCUCUUCCUACUCCUACUCCUCCCUACCCCACCUCCUCCUCCUGAGUGGCAAAACACCACUUUGCCUUGUGUUGCACCUCUGCUGCAGCCUCUCUCAGUCAACACAGCGUCCGAAUGAACGAGAAAAGUUUCCAGCCAAGGACGGACGACGCACAUCAGCAGGACUCCUCACCCACCUCAGUUCACUCUUUGUUUUCAUUUAUCUGACCAAAGUGACAGAGUUCAGUUGCAUUCUGUGUGCAUGAUAAAAGACGGAGUGUUGUAUUUCAUUAUAAUGAAGCGUGUGUGUGUGUGUGUGUGUGUGUGUGUGUGUGUGUGUGUGUGUGUGCGCUGCUAGGAUACUGUACCUCACUGGGUACGUGGAUUUCAGUGCCUCUUCAGAGUUUAUUUGGGUGCGAGUUAAGUUGGCUGUGAACAUUCACUCUGCCCAGCUCAGUGAACGCCUUGAUGAAAGGAUUUUUGUUUUAUAUGUUUAUAAGAAAAUGUUCCAUUCCUUCUGUUCUUUAAACCAGUUGAUUUGGUUCCCAGUUUACAUUGCGUCCUUGUUUUCACUUGUUCGCUCCUGUUUGCGUCCUGGCUGACCUGCACAGGUUCAUCACCACCGCUGUGAGCACACAGGAUGUCAGAAGAGAUGUCAAAAGAUGUUAAACACAAUGUUUUUUCUAAUAAAUGGUAUUCACAACACUCGU